AUGUCGUACCCCAACCCAGAAGAUCGCAAGCAUAACCCACAACGGAAAUCCGACGAAACUACUUCCAGGGUUCGCAGAUCCAAAGAUGCGAAAGAUUCCGAAGACGAACGACCCAAGGACUAUGUAGACAGCUCCUCAAACCACGAGAGGUUCACGAGUCGAGGAAGGCAAGAUGAGCAUUUGAGACGAAUGCCGCAGGCACAGAUGCAGCCUAACACCUGGUCAAACCCUCCUCCUCAACAUCAAAGCUCCAGUAUGCAGGCACCUCGUCAAGCUAAUCCUUCAUACUAUUCACCUGCACAAUACGCUCCUGCACAACAUGCACCUGCUCAGCACGCACCUGCUCAGCACGCACCUGCUCAGCACGCUCCUGCUCAGCACGCUCCUGCACAACAUGCUCCCGCUCAACGUCCUCCUGCUCAGUAUGCCCCCGCGCAUCAUUCCCCCGCGCAACAUUCCCCCGCGCAUCAUUCCCCCGCGCAUCAUUCCCCCGCGCAUCAUUCCCCCGCGCAUCAUUCCCCCGCGCAACAUUCCCCCGCGCAACAUUCCCCCGCGCAUCAUUCCCCCGCGCAUCAUUCCCCGGCACAACAUGCUCCCGCUCAACGUCCUCCUGCUCAUUAUGCCCCUGCGCAACAUGCCUCCGCACAACGUCCUCCUGUUCAGUAUGCUCCUGCGCAACAUGCUCCUUCGCAACGUCCCCCCGCACAGUACCCACCCGCACAGUACCCACCCGCACAUUAUCCAUCUCAGUUUCCUCCCGCGCAUUACCCACCAGGCCCUCCAGGGCGAAGGUGA